UAGGCAGUCGCAAAGUGCAGCAUGCAUGUGGUCACUCAGAAAUCUUUGAGCGAGCGAGUGAGUGUGUGUUUAGCGUUUGGGGGAGUGACUGGGAAGUAGCGCUUGUCUUGGAUUGGCAUCCUGUCGUGAAGGUGCAACGGCGGCGCGUGUGCUGUUGUGUGUGCGUGUCGUGUGUGUGCGAGGUGUGUUUGCAGCCAGAGCGAGUUCGAGCAUGAAGAGAGGCAAGAAGGCAGAGGAGGAGGCGGCGGCAGCAGCUGCAGAAGGGGAAAAUGACGCAGGCUCUGAAUCUGCACCUCCAAAGAAAGCGAAGAAGACAAAGGAGCCAGAGGCCCCCGUAUUGUACGAAGAUCCUCCUGACAAAAUGACCAGCAAAGAUGGACGUGACGCCAACAUGAAGAUCACCUCCUGGAACGUCGAUGGCCUUAGGGCCUGGGUGAAAAAGAAAGGCCUUGACUGGGUGCGUGAAGAGGCUCCAGAUAUUUUGUGCCUGCAGGAGACAAAGUGUGCAGACAAAGACCUCCCUGCUGACAUUACCUCAAUGCCCGAGUACCCUCACAAGUACUGGGCUGCGUCAGAUGAGAAGGGGGGUUACAGUGGUGUGGCCAUGCUCUGCAAAAAUGAACCGGUCAAAGUGACCUAUGGAAUUGGCAAAGAGGAGCAUGACAAGGAGGGCCGCGUCAUCACCGCCGAGUUCCCCAACUUCUAUCUGGUCACCGCCUACGUACCAAACGCCGGCAGAGGCCUGGUGCGCCUAGAUUACCGCAAGACCUGGGACGAGGACUUCCGGAUGUACCUGAGUGAGCUGGACAUACAGAAGCCCGUGGUGCUGUGCGGUGACCUCAACGUCGCGCACCAGGAGAUCGACCUGAAGAACCCCAAGGGCAACAAGAAAAACGCAGGCUUCACCCCGGAGGAGCGCGAGGGCUUCAGCCAGCUGCUGGCGGCCGGCUUCGUCGACAGCUUUCGCGAGCUGUACCCGGAACAGACCAACGCCUACACCUUCUGGACGUACAUGAUGAACGCCCGCUCAAAGAAUGUGGGCUGGAGGCUCGACUACUUUGUGCUGUCGUCCUCUCUGCUGCCAGGCCUGUGCGACAGCAAGGUCCGCAACCAGGCGAUGGGCAGCGACCACUGCCCCAUCACUCUGCACAUCGCUGUGUAGGUCCACAGGGUUGGUGCUUCACAUAACCUUCACUUUUGUCUCUUGAUGCUUCCAUCCCAACUUGGGCUUAAACUAUCAUGUGUGUCCGUGUGUUUUCAGACACAGCCAGGUCGCCCCUUGUUAGGACGUCUUACGUCUGUAGGAAACUGCCCAAAGUCAGUUUUUGUAAAAUCUGAAUUAGCCAUUUUUUGUUGUUUUUUUUUUAGUACUUUUGUCUUUAUUUUUCAUGUAAAACAUUCAGUGGCUCCACAACACAAUUGUUGUCUUCUUCCUGUAAUUGACAGUAAAUUCAGCGACGUACACCUAAAUUCCUUUGGGCAAUGCUAUCAUGAUUCAACACUAAAUAGCCAAAAUGUCUAAGCUAGUUUUCAAGUCCUGCCAAAUGUUUGUGUCACUGUUUUAAAUGAGACCAUGGUUGUUAAAGAAAAAUGUUUUGAGCUUCUUUCCUAACUAAUGUUACGUUUUCUGUUAUAAAACCUACUUAUCAAUAAAGACUGAGUUUGUGUAGA